AUGGAACAAGAAAUAAGAGAUAGGGGAAUGACAUGGGUUUUUAAAGGAACAGUGGAUGAAAUGAAGGAUUCAUUUAUGGAUCACGUUGAUGGUACGAGGCGACACAAGAUAUACCAACACUUGGAAAGUGACUGCUCUACCUGUUGUAAAGAAAAGGGUAAGAUUGUAAAUCAUUAUUUUUCUAAUUACCACAUGACUUAUUGAUAUGCACCAACAUGCAGUGCGUCCCAGAUUAUAUAUGACAGAAAACACGAAGGUAUAUAUAAACAGCGGGCAAUAUAAGCGCCUAUACUGAUAUUGAUGUACAGUAACAUCUUUCAUUAAAUUCCAUCAGUCAAUUAAAAUUUGCAAUUAUAAUAUGUGGGUGGCUUUUGUUAUACAAAACAUGUUAAACAGUCACCUUGCGGGAUACAUAGCGUUAAUGUUUCAGGAUAAAGUAAUAUAAUAAAAAAUGUGAUUUACCUUACAAUACAGGUUGUAAGAACUUUGUAGCCAUGGAUGGAAUAUGGAAACUUUGACACCCUCAUUGUAUGUACCCAGUGAAAGCAAGAAUCAGUGAUCUGCCUUUGGUCAACUACCUGAAUGUAUGUACAAACGAGCCUGAGAGCCAACAGUUGGCGUUCUGUUCCACACACAGUGUGCUAGCUUCUAAACACGGCAUUCCUACCAAUCUAAGAGAAUUUUUACACAAUUAUUGUAAAGUGGAAAAAUGCAUUGAUGGUAUGUAAACACAAAACAAUAGUGAAUAGAUGGUAUGUUUUAAAUAUGUGUGUUUAAAUUACAUUACGUAUAUUCGUACUUGAUUAACGUGUUAAAAGACAUCAUUCUAUGACAACGACUUAUCACUCAAAACGUAUUUGUCAACGUUGUCAUACGGCUAAAUCGACAGUAUAUUGAUAAUACAUAACUAUAUUUGCGUCGUCUAUCACUAAAUGUUGUGUACAUGUUUUGUAUAACUUUUAGUAUUCGAUUCAUCAACCAUUAAUUUAAGUGAUGCCAGGCAAAUCAACAACGCUGCGUCAAAUCUGCCGGACAGGGAUCAAACACCUUCAAAUGUUGCAGAUUCUCAAGGUAUACAUCAAUUAAUGCUGAAUUCACAAUAUUUACUGGUUAAAUUAAUGUUAAACACUUCAUGUUCAGAAAUAAUAUUUCUAUACUGGUUUUUCAAUUAAUUAACUACACAUAUGUUAAUUCAUAAUAUUUACCUCCGCCAGGAGGUUAUGUAAUCAUCUGGGUUUGUAUGUGUGUGUGUGUGUGUGUGUGUGUGUGUGUGUGUGUGUGUGUAUGUGUGUGUGUUUGUCUGUGAGCACGAUAACUCAUGAAAUACCAAACAUAUUCACACAAAAUAUUUUGAGUGCAUAAGGAAGAACUGAUUAAAAUUUGGUUGAAUUUGGUUAAAAAUUGAACGAGAAAUGAACAAAAUUUUGUCUUGCUUUUCCCGGUCAAUUAAAAAAAAACUCACUGAAUGUGUAAUUAGGACGUGUAUAAUGUAUGCACGCAGUACUAAGAAGACAAUGAGAUGAUAAACCUCAUUAAGCUUCAGCCCUAAUUAUCUAUCGUCUUAGUUGCAUUUCACACGACCGAAAUUUAAUGUGGGCGGAGGUAUGCAGUCUCUGAGUGCCCUCUAGUUAUUCCUGUGUUUGAUCUUUGGAUCAUUCAAGAAGAAAUGUAGGCUAGUACCAUAGGUGAAAAAUCUCAUCUUGAUCGACUUUUUCACUGUCCAAGCAUCUGAUAUGAUAUCAUUGGGUGAAUUUACUGUAAAUGAAUUCCUUCAAAAAUUCACAAAAUGUCAUAAUAUCUGGAAACUUUAACAGUGAAAAAGUUGACGAAGAUAGGUUAUUUUAAACAAUAAAAUCUAUUUUGUAUCUUCUUAAGCCCUGGGCAAACUAGGAAACAUUUUUGCGGAAACAUUUGUGAUUUGCGAUGUUUCCUCAAAUGUUUCCAUGUUUGCCCACCCGUGUAUGGAAACAAUUGUUGCAGAAACAAAAUUUGCUUCCCGAGAAGCAAAAAUGUUUCCUAGCAAAUGCAGAAACAUUUGAUGUUUCCCCAUGUUUCUUACUAAUGUUUCCUAUAGUGUUUGCCCACUCUUGGAAGCAUGGCGAAACAUUGGCAGGAAACAAUGUUUCCGCAACAAUGUUUCCUAGUUUGCCCAGGGCUUUAGAAUGAUAUUUGGCAUUAUUGUAAAGUUUCAUGGCCAUGUGGGAACUACCGAUUUGGCGAUUUCUAUACUCAACAAAAAAGUUAUAUGGAUACAAUUGUUCCCUUCCAAUUUUGCACCCCCAAUAUUAUGUGGCCGGCAAGAGAACACAUGCAUGUUUUCAAAAUACGAAUGGAAUUGAAAAUCCACUAUACUGCUAAAAUCUGUAAACAUCUAUAUGGAGGAAGUUAUUCUAGAGUUUUAAAAGUGUGGCUUUUACCUACAGAUUUUCGUGUAUUAUAGGAACGUUUACUUUGUAUAAGCUUUACAUUUCAAAUUCAUAAUAUGUUUAAAGUGUGUUCCCAAACUUGAAAAUUUUAUAUAUUUUUUAAAGGAACAUCCACUUUGUUGGAUACAUGAUUGAACUAUAAUAAAUUAAUUGAAAUUGGAAAGGUAUAAUCCAGACUCCAUUUUGGCAAAUUGUAAUAUGAUUACCACAAUGCCAUUCAUUAAAGUGCCUAUAUCACUUGUGUGACCUUUAUGGAUUUGAAAAGAGGGUAAAAAGUUAGUUAAUAAGUUCAAAAGAUUUUUUUUAGUGAAAUAGUUUUGAUGAUAUAGGCCUUUAAACAAUGAACUGUUCCUGAGUCCCAGCCUCCUGGGGCCGGUUGUUCAAAGCUGGGUUAGCUUAACCCUGGGUUAACCUAAAAUUCAAAGCAAACUUCCUGACAGCUUGUCUAUAAAUUUGGAAAUAUUUUUUCAGAGAUCUUGUCUGGAUCGAUAGGAGUUUACUUCUCUAAAGUCUUGAAAUAAACAGACGUCCAUAAAUAAACAAACUAAAACAGCAGGUUUAAUUUUAACCCAGGGUCAGCGCUAACCCACCUUUGAACAACUGGCCCCAGGGCUCUAAACAGAGCUUUUGAUUUUGGCCUUUUUCCAAUCUGCUCAUUGUGCAUAGGGAGCCUGGGACUCAGGAACUGUAGGUAGUUUAGAGGCCUGUAUCUUCGAAAUUAUUGCACCAAAUCAAAAAAAUAUUUUUAACUUAUUAACCAAAUUUUUACGCUCUUUUCAGAUCCAUAAAAGUCCCACAAGUGAUAUAGGCACUUUAUUGCACAUGAUUUAUACAAUGGGGACUGCAAGGGAUGUGAGAAUAGAGCAUACUUACCAAAUAUUUUUACUAUAUACAAUAUAUAUUGAUCUUUUAGAUUAGUUUAUAUUGGAUUAAGCAGUGACAACAAAUCUCACAUCAUUCCCAAAAUUUUCCACAAGCAGCACUCAACCAGCAGUUGUGUCCUCUGAAUUAUCUACAAACAGUGGUCAACCAGUAAUUGUGUCAGUGUCUCUUGAAUUAGCUACAAACAGUACUCCACCAGUAGUUGUAUCGGCUGAUUUAUAUACAAACAGUGCUCGACCAGUAGUUAUGUUGGCUGAAUUAUCCACAAGCAGUGCUCGACCGGUAGUUGUGUCCUCUGAAUUAUCUACAAACAGUAGUCAACCAGUAAUUGUGUCAGUGUCUCCUGAAUUAGCUACAAACAGUACUCCACCAGUAGUUGUAUCGGCUGAUUUAUCUACAAAAAGUGCUCGACCAGUAGUGUCCCCUGAAUUAUCUAUAAACAGCGCUCGACCAGUAGUCAUGUCGGCUGAAUUAUCCACAAGCAGUGCUUGA